AUCACAGAAUAUUAUCCUGGUAUUAUCCUAAGAACCUUCUCUUCUCUACAUCGUGAUUCGACGAUUUAAGAUAUAUCUUAAAUCGUGACCUAAAUAGUUGUUGUUGUACUAUCUCAAGGAAUAUAGAUAAUAUUAUCUAUUAUCUACAAACCUUGCUACGCCUGCAACAAUAGUCUUCCGUUUACAAUAUGACCACAUGGAGUAUGGACCAUGAUAGGAACAUUUAAUAUUCAACAUGGUAUACUUUGAUAGCAAAUGGCAAUAAUAUUUUUCAGAAAUAGUUAGGAAUUUCACGUCUGCGCUAUACUAAUAUUGCUUAUUACCAACUAGUCACAAGUCACGACAGUAACUGCCGAACUAAGCAGUAAGCAAUAGAUAAGUAUUUUGAAGGCUGCUGCAGCUUGCCGUUUGCCUCUGCACAGCGUGCAUCUGAUGUGUUGAUGUUCAUGAUUUUGAUGCAAAAGAAAACAAAUAUUUUUUGAUUGAGAAUUUCAUAUUUGGAAGUCCGAGGAAUACCUACAUUAUGGUUUAAUGGUCUAAAGGUGUAUACCAUUUGCGGCUGCUUAUAUGAUUAUUUUUCUCCUGCGAACACUGAAUGGAAAGUUGACAUAUAAUGGCUGAGCACACUGCAUAUUAUUUGGAACCCAUUGAAAAGGGUGAAUAUGAAUUUGAGGAGGUUGAAAACAGUCAUCUUUUUUAUAAUGAUGAAGUUAUAAACGAAUAUAUGGAUCUAAUCACAAAACGUUCGCCCGACACAGUUUAUGCGUUUAAUACAUUUUUUUACCUGGCUCUAUCUGACAAGGGAUACAAUCAUGUUUGUCGUUGGACAAAAAAAAUUGAUAUAUUCUCAAAGAAAAAAUUGUUCAUACCUAUUCAUAUUGAAGAUCACUGGUGUUUAGUGUAUGUUUGCUUUCCACAAAAAUCCAUUAAAUAUUAUGAUAGCAUGGGUGGACGUAAUUUUAAAUGCUUAAAAUUAAUAUUGAAAUAUUUGAUGUUGGAACAUGAUGACAAAAAAGGAGAAGAUUUUCAUCCAAGUGGCUGGUUAUUAAUGAAUGUGAAAAACUGCCCUCAACAAAUGAAUCAUUGGGAUUGUGGAGUAUUUGUUUGUAUGUUUGCCGAAUAUUUAUCAAGGAGUGCUCCAUUAAAUUUUUCACAACAAAACAUGGAAAAAUUCAGGAGACAAAUAGCAUUAGAAAUCAAGAAAAAAAAACUAAAAAGAUCCGUACUAGAAACUUAAGCUCUAUUGUAACAAUAAAUAAUGAUGCAUAAUAUGCUUGAUAAGUGUGUAGGUGUUGUUGAUGUUAGAACACCCUUCCCUUAUGCAUAAUUUAGUUUCAAUAAGUUCAAUUAUAUUUUGACGUAUUAUUAAGUAUUGACAUAUUUACAAUAUAAAUUUAUAAUACUUUGUUAUUAAGUUUUAUUGAUUCUAACCUAAUAAAAAUCCUAUAUAAAUUUAAACACAA